AUGGCGGCGUUUCCUCAUGAUAUACCUGCGAUUGCCGAUGAAAAAACGGGGUUUGACCUCAAUGUUCAGCAUGGGCACCAUGACCUUGUUCAAGCGGUAGCAUUCAACGCCUAUGGCGACCGCUGCGCAACAGGCUCUGUCGACGGAAAGAUCAAGGUCUUCAACCGGCACAAGGAUGGCAUCUGGCAUCAUUGCGAUACUUGGGGUGCACACGGAGGAGAGAUCUUGGAGCUCCAAUGGCUACCCCCGACCGUCUACCCAAACCUCAUCGCGUCCCUCGGCAUAGAAGGCCGCUUCAAGCUGUGGGCGGAAGAUCCGUCAGCAGCACCGGGCCGCCGCUUCAGCGCUAGCAACCGUGCGACGACGAGUAAGGCCGCCUACGAGAUGCGAUCCGCUAAAUUCCCCUAUCGCUCCUUUUCCAUGAAGCACAACGAGGAGACGCGGCACACCUAUCUCGCCCUGCUCGCUUCCGACGGCCGUCUGGUGGUGUAUGAAAAUGAACAGCCCGAAAAUAUGUCCGAAUAUACGGCUAUCGACGAGUUCAGCGUCUGCCCGAAGCCGAGCCGCGGCGAAGAGAUCAGCUUCAAGGUGCGCUUCGACCCGAACCCGGACCCGUGCUACAAUGCCCUACGAGCAGGAGUGUCUAGCGACUCGCUGGGACUGGUUGUCGCCGGUAUGUCGUCGGUCAAGAUAUACCGUUCCAGAGACAUCAUUGCGACAUCGUACGGCGUACCCCAGACACAGCGCGAGUUCUACCUUGCGGUGGAAGUGGGUGUCCACCGCGGCCUCGUCCGGGAUGUAGCGUGGGCGCCGGGGAACAUCAGGGGAUACGACACCGUCGCGACGGCCUGCCAGGACGGGUUCGUCCGUGUUUUCCGGAUCGACACGCCGCACUUGCCUGAUGACGGUAAGACGUGGUUCACGACGGAGCUCAUGAAGCACGAGAACCACCACGCAGAGGCGUCGUCGAAGGCGGGACAGCCACAUGAUAAGCACCUCCAGUCGGGUCUCACUGUCAGCCUGGCCAAGUCCGGCUCGCAUGCAGAGCGGCACUUUUCGGGGCAGCCGGGGCAGGUGAAGCACAUCUUCAAGGAGGUCGCGAAGCUUGACAGCCACCGCACACCCGUCUGGCGGGUUGGCUUUGACGACGACGGUCAGAUUUUGGCCAGCACCGGAGAUGACGGAAAGCUCGUUUGUUACCGCCAGACCCCGAGUGGGACGUGGGCAAAGAGUUCGGAACUGGCCAUGGUGAAGACAAGGAUGGCGACGCCUUGA